AAACCGCAGUCUUCAAUGUUUUUGAUUUUGCUAAACCUCUACAUCUACACUCCCUAUCUGAUAAUCUCAUAAACCCGAGCUCUUCAUGUGCUCCACAAUGGCAAUUGCUAUUUGCUAAACAAAAAAUUUCUUACCAUUUUCCUUCCUUGUUUAUGUUAAUUUAUCUACUUAUUUUUUUUCAAAUAAUAUCCUUGACAAAACUAACAAACACUUGACACUUUUCAGAAAAUUUUCAUGUCUUCAACAAUUCUCAUCUCCAAUUUCCAAACCACAGUAUUCUUGAAGCACUUAUCCCCUCCACCAUUACCAUGCCGCCGCAAAAAAUUCAAAUCUUCCCGCCCCAGACCUUUAUUCAUCGCUUCUGCUUCUGGGAAUUCAAAUGGGUUCUCCUGGGAUAAGCUUUCGGGCUCCAUUCGCCGCGGUUCGGACCGAUUUUUGACUAAAUUUGGCGAGUCAGUGAUGAAGGAGACUGGCAUUGAUUCUGGGGAUGCCCAGAAAUUCAUUUCUCAAGUUUCGAGCCGGGUUGAUGGUGCUGUGAGUUAUUUUGGAGCUGGGUUUAAUCGUUUUAGGUUUGAAUUGGUUCCUGAAUUCAUCAAUUGGAACAAAUGGGGCAAUUGGAAAGAUGUAAAGAGCUGGGAACCUAAACGUUUUGGUGCCCUGUUGCUCUAUUUGCUUGCUAUCAUAGUGUCUUCUCGGAAAAUUUACAUGGGUCUUCAAGCUCCUCGUAUUGCACAAGAGAAGAAAGAGUUGACGGAAGCAUAUAUGGAGGCAUUAAUUCCUGAUCCCACGCCAAGUAAUGUCAGGAGGUUGAAGAAGGGAAUGUGGAGAAAUACUAUGCCGAAAGGACUGAAAAUGAAGAAAUUUAUUGAAGGACCCAAUGGGACUCUUAUUCAUGAUAGUUCGUAUGUUGGAGAAGAUGCAUGGGAUGAUGAUUGUGAACACCCUAUGGAAAAUGUGAAAGGAAUAAUCAACAGUGAUGCAAGUUUAAGUGCAGAAGCGAAGAAGGAAGUUCAAAGUGAGAUUGGGGUGUCAGCUCAUACGCAAGAGCUUAGAGGAUCAUGGCGUGAAAGGCUCAAGGCAUGGACAGAAAUUCUGGAAAAGGAGAAGUUAGCAGAGGAAAUUAGCCCUUUGAAUGCUAGAUAUUCAGUUGAAUUUGACAUGAAAGAAGUUGAGGACAGUCUUCGAAAAGAUGUUGUAGAAAAGGCAUCAGAUGCACAAGGAGCCAGGGCUUUGUGGAUAUCUAAGCGUUGGUGGCGAUAUCGACCUAAACUACCAUACACUUAUUUUCUUGAAAAGCUCAAUAGCUCAGAGGUUGCAGCUGUUGUCUUCACCGAAGAUCUAAAGAGGCUGUAUGUAACAAUGAAGGAAGGUUUCCCAUUGGAAUACAUCGUUGACAUCCCUCUUGAUCCGUACUUGUUUGAGACAAUAUCAAAUUCUGGGGUUGAGGUGGAUCUACUUCAGAAACGGCAAAUCCAUUAUUUUCUGAAAGUUUUAAUUGCGUUGUUACCUGGAAUUCUGGUUUUGUGGUUUAUGAGAGAGUCAUUGAUGCUUCUGCAUAUUGCUUCCAGCCGUUUUCUCUAUAAGAAGUAUAACCAGCUGUUUGACAUGGCAUAUGCAGAGAAUUUUAUUUUGCCUGUCGGUGAAGAUGUUAAAACGAAGUCAAUGUACAAAGAAGUAAUAUUAGGGGGUGAUGUUUGGGAUCUUCUCGAUGAAAUUAUGGUUUACAUGAGAAACCCUAUGCAGUUCUUUGAAAGGGAGGUGCAAUUUGUGAGGGGUAUUCUUCUUUCAGGACCUCCAGGUACUGGCAAAACACUAUUUGCUAGAACACUAUCAAAGGAAAGUGGUUUGCCUUUUGUGUUCGCUUCAGGUGCAGAGUUUACCGACAGUGAGAAAAGUGGCGCUGCAAGGAUCAACGAAAUAUUUUCAAUAGCACGAAGAAAUGCUCCGUCAUUUGUUUUCAUUGAUGAAAUUGAUGCCAUAGCAGGAAGGCAUGCUAGGAAUGAUCCUCGAAGAAGAGCUACAUUUGAGGCCUUAAUUUCUCAGCUGGAUGGAGACAAAGUGAAGACUGGGGUUGACCGGUUCUCUCUUAGACAAGCAGUUAUUUUCAUCUGCGCAACUAACAGGCCAGAUGAAUUAGACAUAGAAUUUGUUCGUGCUGGACGAAUAGACCGUCGUUUGUACAUUGGAUUGCCUGAUGCAAAGCAGCGUGUGCAAAUCUUUGGGGUGCAUAGUUCAGGGAAGCAGCUGGCUGAAGAUGUUGACUUUGGAAAGCUUGUCUUUCGCACCGUUGGCUAUUCUGGGGCUGAUAUCCGCAAUCUUGUCAAUGAAGCAGGAAUUAUGUCUGUGAGGAAAGGGCAUUCUAUGAUUUCCCAACAAGACAUUGUUGAUGUCUUAGACAAGCAAUUACUGGAGGGUAUGGGUGUGUUGCUCACCGAGGAGGAGCAACAAAAAUGUGAACAAAGUGUAUCACUUGACAAAAAGAGUCUGCUAGCUGUGCAUGAAGCUGGUCAUGUAGUAUUAGCUCAUCUAUUUCCAAGAUUUGAUUGGCAUGCUUUUUCUCAGCUAUUGCCCGGUGGUAAGGAAACAGCUAUAUCUGUCUUUUAUCCAAGGGAAGAUAUGGUGGACCAAGGAUACACAACAUUUGGUUACAUGAUGAUGCAAAUGAUUGUGGCUCAUGGAGGCCGAUGUGCUGAGCGUAUAGUAUAUGGUGAUGAUGUAACUGAUGGAGGAAAAGAUGAUCUAGAAAAGAUCACGAAGAUUGCUAGGGAGAUGGUUAUUAGCCCGAGAAAUGCUAGGUUAGGAUUAACAGCAUUAACAAAAAAAAUUGGUCUUAUGGACCAUCCAGAUAAUCCAGAUGGUGAAUUGUUACGAUACAAGUGGGAUGAUCCACAUGUAAUUCCUGCAGAGAUGACGCUUGAAGUAUCUGAACUCUUCACUCGAGAAUUGACAAGGUACAUUGAAGAGACUGAAGAACUGGCAAUGAAGGGCUUGAAGGAAAAUAGACAUAUACUUGAUGCGAUUUCCAGGGAGCUGCUGGAAAAAUCCAGAAUCACCGGAUUAGAUGUUGAGGAUAGAAUGAACAAACUCUCUCCAAUAAUGUUUGAAGAUUUUGUACAACCAUUCCAAAUUAAUUUAGAUGAGGAUGGUCCUUUGCCUCAUAACGAGCAGUUACGUUACCAACCACUGGACAUAUACCCUGCACCACUUCACAGGACCUAAGACAUGCCAAGCCUUGUGAUGAUGAUUUGCAUCGCCUGCUGCAUUGCAUAGUCGGUGAGACAAACUGAUUCCCAGACUCUUAGCAGUAUGAUAGGUACUGUCAACUCCUGAACAUCAAGAGCUCGGCACUAUGUUUUCUCGGUGUGUAUGGAAGCAAUUCAUAAUAGCAAUUGCAAACUUGCAUAAUGCUACAAAUCAAGCCACAAAUCAAAUGGGUAUUAAUUGUCAGUGGAGUUGCCCAGCUCAUGUUGUACUUCUGAUUAGGGCACGGCGGUACCCUUGAGACAUUUUUUGCUCAGAAACAGGUUCUUCAUGCUUCAUCGUGUAUCACUGGAGAUGUUUGUAUUUCUCAGUAUUUUGGAGCAUGAGAGUACGUAUCUAUGAGCAACAUCAAUAGGCUGUAAAUUUGCUGAUUGCUACCAAAGGGGGAAGGGAGUAACCGAGUGAGCCUUAACAUUUGUUUAUGUAUAGCUGUUACAUUUUACGACAAGGUUUCCUCAUAUAUUGAUUAGUGAGUCUUUUUUCUGCCAAGUCCGAGAAAGAUACUACCUGGAAACUUGUGACUAACAACUCUUACCCGUUUUAAUGAGGGCAUGUCUAUGUGAUGCCAUUGCAUACAUGGAAAACUUCGAUCUUUGAUGACGAGGUUGAUGAAAUCAACAGCCAAAGAUAGUUUGUUGAUAAUAAAAGUUAGCUGAGCACGAUUACGAGCAAAGAAAGAGGAGGCUUCAAGCAAGGGGUUAUUUUCCCCUCUCCCGUAUAAAUUCUAGCUUAGUCAUCGGUUAUAGUCGAUUAUGUUGUAGUUAUCAAUUACGGUUGAUUAUGUUUGGGUAUAGUUGACUAUGUUAACAAAAAAUAGCCUCGCCAGUGACAUGUUAGUUGAUUAAUCUAAGGGGUAAUUUCAUGUUUCUCUUGAUAAACAUGAAAUGUAUCUCAUGGGGUCUUUUACACAA